CUCAAAAAAAAAAUUAGAAGAGGGUUUUUGGCAAAAACCCGAACUUUUCAAGAUUUCACUUUCGGCUCUUUUCUCACUCAGUCUCUCCUCUCUGAAAAAUCUCUUUGGGUUUCUUACUCUAGCUGUUCUUCAUCUUUCUGUUUCGUUAAGUUGUAUUCCAAGUUCUGGGGUUUUGUAACUUGAAGGAUGUCAGUUGAUCCUAUGUUUGCUGACGAGGAUGCUUCUUCGGGGUCUGGAGAUGAUUUGAAUAUGCUUGAUGGACAAAGGCGUAAGUCAAUGUCGGGUUCAGGUCAACGUAAGAGAAGUCGUAAGGCUACUGGUGAUGCAAUAGUGGAUGCCAUGCUAGAAAUUGCAGCUGCUUCGAGAUUGAGGGCUUCCACAAUUCUGAAGAAUGGUGAUCGAUUUUCCAUAAGCAAAUGCAUUAAACUAUUGGAUGAGUUGCAAGUGAUGGACCAAAAUCUCUACUUCUUUGCACUGGAUCUUUUUGAGAAUCCCAAUGCGAGAGAAACUUUUGUAGCACUUAAGAGUGAUAAAAGAUCGAUAUGGUUGCAGGGAAAGUUCAACACUUCUCAUCGUUCUGUAGUCUGAUUGUGUUGAGGGAUUGGACUGGCUUUUAUAUUACUUUGUUUUUCUUUAAAACAAAUUUCUGAACCUAUUUAAAUUACAGCUCUUUGGAUUAUGCUAGUAAUGAUGAUGAUGAUUGAUUUAUG